AUGCCCAGACAACGUAAAGCACCAGCCAAGAGGCAAAAGCGAAAGGCUUCAUCCGACGAUGAAUCUGAGAGAUCUGUUUCCUCGAAGAAGUCGAAGGUCCAGACCCCAGUCGAGACGUCCGACGAUGGAGAAGAGCAAUCUGAUAUGGCUGAGCUACACAAGGCACAGGCACAGGUUCUGAACCUAUUACCUUCGCUAGGACUCGACCCCUACUCAACCAUGUUCUCGAACAAGCUUGACUCGAGCAUGCCUGUUGAUCUGUCGUCGUUUUCUAACCCAGGUGCCUCUCCGCUCCCUCCGCUUCCGGAAGGACCCAAGCGCCAGGUCAAAUGCAGGAAGGCUGAAAAUACGGAGGUCGCAGAUCCAAAGGGGCUUCUUACGGAUCCAACUAUAGGCAAAGAGAUCAAGCUUGAAGAAUUGGAUCUCGAUGUCUCGUAUGUGGACGAGUAUAAGUCCGCGGCACCAGCAAGGCCCCAAAGACAGCCAAGAUGGCGGCAUCAAGGGUCUAAGCCUCUGGUCAACCCGAAGAAAUUCCCGACUGGCUGGAAUUCCAAUGAGCCCGAUCUGGAUCCUGAUGAUUUCGAAGCUCAGAUCGCUAGGUGCGAUGAGAGAAUCAAGGACAACAUUGUUCCUCAUUUCUUUGAGGCAAGGCAGAGAGAGUAUCUGGACGUGAAGGAAGCUGUUGAGACCUGGAUGAAGGAUGAGCCUAAAGGUCUCAGUAGGAAAACCUACGAGCGUCUGGAUACACUCAAGUUUAUUCAAAAAGCCAUUUUCCGCCCCCAAAACGAUCCUCUCUCUGAGAAGAAAAAUGUGAUAGCCAUUAUCAAUGCAUAUCGAACAGGUAAACUUGAGUGGAUCUCCGGUCUUGUCACCUACUGGUCGGAUGGGAAAAAGCUCUGUGAGCCGCGCCCAUUUGACUGGGACGAGUUUGACACUAUCAACAAGGCUCAUUCUGGCCACAAGUCAUUCUGGGUUGAAGGAGUCGGAUCAACGGGGGGAUCUAGCAGGAAUGAGCGGGUGACCAUAGACCCUGAUCGCUAUUGGAAGUACCUAAAAUUUUACAGAUAUCACGUACGAUUCCCCGGUUAUACUUUCUAUGCCGAGCUCGAAUUCCUUCACGACACCGGGGCAAGUGACAUGAGCAUCUACGCGGACGAUCUCCCAGCGAUUAUGGGUCCCCAAAUUAUAAGCUCGCCGUGGCUCAAAGUCGCAGGAUACACCAAAAUCGUGACUCCAGGCCAAGAGCCAACACCAAACAACACUACUGUCCUUCCAGUGGUUGCCAUCGAAGCCACCAUGGUAACCGAGAAUGAAGAUCCGACGAAGGAGAGGCUUCGAAUGACGCCUUGGACCCGAGCAUGGACAACGGUGAAUGUUGGUCGAGCGAACAAGACCCUUGGUGCUCACCGACUCGACGGUCCUUGGUUGCGUCAUCGGUUGUAUAUGGGAUCUGCGCCAGAUGGUUCUGACUGCGUGCAUGUUGCAACUUCAAAGAAUGAUCUCGACUUGAAGAAAGUCGAUUUGAAGAAGACGCCGGGAUUGGCGAAUGACCCUCCGAGAGUUCCUGCUCCCCGAGGAGCCAAGAUGCCUGUGGUUGGAGCUCGUGAUCAGAUACCGAUGCCAGAAUUGGGUUCUAUCAGGCGAAUUGGACGGCCUGUCUUCACCGAUCAAAUUUCUUUGAAGGAGUGA